GUUAUGCCAAAAGCCGGGUUUUGCCCCUUCCUUUAUCCACAGCCUGUCACUCAGUGGAAUUACAUCUUUCCCAUUUAAAAUAGGGACACAAUCCACCCGUCACAACUUGGGGAGCUGCAUGGGUGGGUGGCAGUGGUUUGCGGUCACUGGGACUCACAAUAACCAGACUGCACUGUGCACCACUGCCCGGCUUACUUCCACAUCUACUUCCAGUAAGUUAAUUCUACACUACUGUCAUAGCAUAUUUUGUCACAGAGCUUUAUUCAGAGUGGUGCAUUGACACUCAUAACGAUGACGAUUUAUUCACAUACAACGAUGCGGUUACUGCUAUCCCACCAGGGUAGUUCACUUGUGAAGUACGGUUAUGUCCUUCUGUUAAGACACAUACAGGAAUGGAAGAAUGGCGAAGAUCUGACUUUGACGGCCGGAACAUAAACUACUGCCUAAUAAAGUUUUAUGGCCAGUUGCAUAUUUUUUACAAUAACCCAUAUUCUUCAGUGCACCUUCCGAGCUCAGCUCAACGCGACCCAGCCCCCAUGCGCGCACUGUCAGCGCCGGCCAAUCAGAGAGCGCCUUCCUCCUCCACGAGACGAAGGGAGCCGAACCCCUUCGUUCGUUUCCGCCACCGGAGCCCCGAUGGCUGAUAUCGGGGCCGAGUCUCUUCGGCAGCUUCCGGAAACCCGGAAGGGAAACAGCCGAGCGCCUUCUGUUACCUCCGGCGCGGUGGGCUGCCGAAAGAAGGGCUGAGUGCACGAAGCGAUCCUCAGCCGGUAUGGGGCUAUUCUCGCGAGCUCUCCGCGCGGCCCGAAGCUGCCCGGCAAUCGCACUGUCUGCCUGCAGCUACCAAGCGGUGUCCGGCAGAGGCAGCGCGGCGGCAGUACGUCCGCAGCAGUCGCGGCGUGGGCUGAGCGCCCGGCCUCGCUUAGACGAACUGUUUGCCAUCCCCUCCUUAAGCCGCCUCCUGGAGGCGCGGGUGAAGGGCGAGGCCGGGACGAUGCUGGCGGCGCGGAUCCAGCGGCUGCGUGACAAGGAACGGGAGCUGCGAGACACGCGGGAGCUGGCACUACAAGAUGAGAGUGAAGAUCUGCGGAAGCUUGCAGAAAGGGAAAUCGUUUCCUGUGAAGAAGAGAUAGCUGAACUGAAACACCAGAUAGUAUUGCUUUUGAUUCCUUCAGAAGAAACAAACAGUGAUCUUGUCAUGGAAGUAACUGCUGGAGUUGGAGGACAAGAAGCGAUGCUGUUCACUUCAGAGAUAUUUGAUAUGUAUCGACGAUACGCUGCCUAUAAAAAGUGGAAAUUUGAAAUAUUAGAAUAUUUUCCCAGUGAAAUAGGUGGCCUAAGACACGCAGUUGCCAGUAUAGCAGGCCUUGAUGCUUACAAGUACAUGAAAUUUGAAGGAGGAGUGCAUCGUGUUCAGCGGGUGCCAAAGACAGAAAAACAAGGGCGCAUUCACACCAGCACAAUGACUGUUGCAAUAUUACCCCAACCCACUGAGAUGGAGCUGAAAAUUAAUCCAAAAGAUUUGCGAAUAGAAACGAAGAGAGCCAGUGGAGCUGGAGGGCAGCAUGUCAAUACCACAGACAGUGCUGUAAGGAUAGUUCAUAUUCCAACAGGGGUAGCAUCUGAAUGUCAGCAAGAAAGAUCUCAAAUUAGAAACAAAGAGAAGGCUAUGCAAAUGCUUUGUGCUAAACUAUACAACAUCAAACUGGAAGAAGAAACCAAAAAGAGAAACAGUGUUCGAAAGAUUCAAAUUGGAACUAAAGGAAGAUCGGAGAAGAUCAGAACAUACAACUUUCCACAGGACCGGAUUACUGACCACAGGAUAAGCAGAUCAGUGCAUCAUACUGAGUGCUUCAUGUUAGGGGAAGAAAUGCUAGAUGAAAUGAUACAAACUCUGAAGGAAUACGCUGAUUAUGAAUCUUUAUUGGAAAUUAUUUCAGGACAUGAAAAAUGAGUCUUGCUCUUUGUCAAGCCACAUCUACAGGUAUAGAUACUCGCCUGCAAAAGAACUCCUUGGAGCACCAUUCAGAGAACAGAACUGCUUUCAGAUAAUGAAAGCUGGUUUCCUCAUGGCUGAUAAACAGUAUUCUUACUUGUUGAGUAAAACACCUUGAUGCUGCUGCAGUGUGCUUGAAGUAAAUUUGACUGGGCCAGAUGUAACUGCAGUUUUUAACUUCUCCACUGAGAAGAUACUGAUACACCACUCUCAAAAGGUAUGCAUUAAAAAUGAGUUUUCUCUAGUCCCAAGUCUUGUUCAAACAGUAGUUUCAACAUCACCGCAGUGUCAAAUAGCUUAGUCAAGAUAACAAAAAAAAAAAUCCUAUUUUGUUUAGUAAUACAAAGAAAGUGAUAAAUGAACACACUACUAAUCUGCAGAUUUGUUAAUGACUUAUACGUGGUAUGGGAAAGGGAGUUCUUAUAAAUCAAGCAGAAAGAAUUGUAUAGGAAUAUUCCUUGUUCCAGGAAGAGUUCUAGAAGAAAAGUCACUAGUUUUGUGAAUUCUUUUUAAAAAGAAUGUUUCUGUUCUUGUGUCAGAACAACAAAAAAAAAAACAACAACAAAAUUAAGUGGCUGUCUUGAAGGCUGAUACAAUUUCAGUCUCUAUUUCUAUACAGUUUAUCUUUUGUUUUUAAUUGGAUCUGCAUUUUACUGAUAUAUUUUUUUUUCCUCUGAAGUUUACAUAAUAUAAGUGACUGCUCACUGUUUUAAACUGUUCAGUUUAACAGCAUCUUAAAACAUUUGUACAAAGCAUAAGAACUGCCUUUUUCAUCUACUAAUAUAGGUACACAUUCCUAUCUGAGGUUAAAUAAGACUGCAUUUUACAGUCUUAAGUAUUUGUGGUAAUACAAAACUUGCUGCCUCCAUGCUAUGUUAGCCCAUCAUUCAUUGUAGAUAUAUGUGUGUAUACACACACAGAAUGUAUUCAAAGUACCAGUAAAUAAGAAAUGAGAACCUAAGGAAAAUAUUACCAUGAAUACAGUUGUUUACUUUGAGACCUAUUAGCAUAAGAAAUUAGAGUAAGAAAGAAAUAAAUGCAGGAGUUUGCUACAGUUAGCUUACAGAAACAUGGCUAAGCAUGCUAUAUAACAUUUGACAAGGAAUGAAAAACCAAAACUGAUCAUUAUCGGUUUAUCAUAUCAAAGUAUAGCUUAAGUUGGAGGGGACCUUAAAGAUUGUCUAGCUCCAACCCCCUGCCAUGGCAGUGUUGCCAGCCACUAGACCAAGCUGCCCAGGGUCCCAUCCCACCUGGCCUUGAACCCCUCCAAAGAUGGGGUAUCCAGAACCUUUCUGGGCAACCCAUUCCAGCUUGUCACCAUCCUCUGAGUGAAAAACUUCUUCCUAACAUCUAACCUAAAUGAACCUUCAUUUAGUUUAAAGCCAUUCCUCCUUGUCCUAUCGCUAUCAGACCAUGUAAAAUGUCAGUCCAUGUCCUGCUUGUAAGCUUUCUUCAAGUACUGGAGAGCCACAGUAAGAUCUCCCUAAGCCUACUCCAAGCUAAACAAGCUCAACUCCUUCGACCUUUCUUCAUAAGAGAGGUGCUCCAGCCCUUUGUUUGUCUUCAUGGCCUCCUCUGGACCUGCUCUGACAGCUCUAUAUCCUUCCUGUGGUGGGAGCCACAGGCUUGUAUAAGUACUCCAGAUGGAGCCUCACAAGGGCAGAGUAGAGGGAGACAAUUGCCGCUCUUUCCGUGCUGGCCAUCCAUCUAUUGAUGCAGCUGGCUUUCCGAGCUCCAAGAACACACUGCUGUCUCAUGUACUGCUUUUCGUCCAUCAGAAUCCCCAAAUCUUCCGCAGAGCUGCUUUUGAGUUUGUCUCCCAGUCUGUUCUUAUAUCUGGGAUUGCCUCAACCCAAGCAAAACAACUUGCACUUGGCCUUGUUGAACAUCAUCAGAUUCUUGAGUGCCGGCUUUAUGUGCGUGUCCAGGUCGCUCUGGAUGGUGUCCCUCCCUUCUGUUGUUUCAACUGUGCCACUCAGCUUGCUGUCAUCUGUGAACUUGCUGAGAGUACACUCAAUCCCACUGUGUUAUUCAUUUCAUUUUAAGAUUGCUGUUUGAACGGAUGCAUUUCAAAAACAAGUACUGACUCAGUAUCUUUACCAGCUUUGUUUUAUAGCAAAUACAGCGUGGUAAGAAAGACCAAGUUCCAAAUAUUCAAAUUAAAAUUGUAUAUAUUACCUGAAGAUGUUGAAGUGCCUGUGUAUAUUAGGCGAGGUACACAUUUCCUGUUGGUAAGUGUGAGACCUUACCCAUCUAGAUUUACCAGCAGAUCUACUGGCACACUCUUUGUAUGUGAAAUAUUUAGAGAUUGAUUGGAGCAGCAUCUAAGACUGAAGUCUUUAUUCCUACCACAUCAGUGCUGCAAACAGAGCCAUUGUCGCACUCUUCCUGAUUUAAAGCCAGGUUAUAUUCUACCAGAUGAUUAAACGAGUUUGAGAUUCCUUCUCUCUAGUGUUGUAUUUUCUGAGGUGCGUAACGGACAUCAGCCUAACUUAGCUCUGGGACUACUGCAUGAACCCCAUGAGUGUUAAGGUCUUUGCCACCAUAAGGUCUCCUUUCAUAUCCCAUCUGGGGUAUUGUUGGUCCAGCCCUGCCAGGCCCACAGUCUCCCUGCUUUUGUCUGUCUCCUAAGCAGAUACUGGGUGCUUCAUUGCUUGGCCAGGGGCUAGCGUGGGAAAAGUCAGAAACCCAAGGACCCUGUGAUUUUGGCAGAUGGCUGACAGGCUUAAGGCUGCAGGGUGACCUCAUUGCAGCCUUUCGGUACCUACAUGGAGCCUACAAACAGGAGGGGAA